AUGAUGGAGGCUGGGGCUGGAGCUGGAGCUGGUGGGAAGCAUGGAGCCGGUGACCCUGGCACGGAACCAGGCAGAGGGAAAGAGAAGGGGAAAGACGCGGUCAGGAGCGAAACGGGCCAGGAUCAGGAGUCAGAGACCUCAAGGUCUCCCGAGGCGGAUUCGAUUGUGUCCCGUGUUGGCAGGUCGGCCGUGAGUCUGUCACAAAGCGUACUGCAUGGCAAACCAAAAGCGAGUGAUGUUGCAGGACUCUCGUCGUCAGGCAAAGCUGGGCCAUCGUCAAGCAGCAAGUCUUCGGCCCUAGGUGAGACAUCCUUCCCUUCAUCGACAGCGGGCACGUCUGGGAAUACCGGUGGGUUUCGGUCGGCCGAUGCAGAUGCUCACGCCGCGGCUGGAGAGGCUGCCUUCUCCGACUUCUUGGAUGGCACACCUGCAUUCGUCGCGACGCAACCGGUAGGUCUGGAUGAGGCAUGGCAGCGAGCCGGUGGUCGUGCUGCAGAAGCUGCAGAAAUGCCCGGGACGCAUGGUGCGCCCAUUCUCGCGGGUGCGCAUUCGGUUGCCGCGCAGCAGGCUCAAGACGGCGUGGAAGUGGUGCGGUUGCUCUCACAGGUCACAGAGGAGGCCCCAGACUUGGAGCAAGGUCCCACGAUUUCCGAUGAGGAGAUGAGGAACCUGAGGCAGGCCCUCUUCGAGGAGGGAGGCUCGGGCCAGAUGUCGGCUACCGACUGGAACAACAUGCUCAACUUUGUGCCAGACUUCUUGCUGGGCGGGACUGCUGGCUCUGGUCCAGGGGCAACUGAGAACAGCCACAUGAACCUUGGUGUGACAGAGCCGGCAGAGGCAGGUCAGAUAUGGCUGGAGCAGUGGAACAGGGUCCUGACGGGCUACACAGACGAGGUCUGGGGCGACCUGGGCUCGUUGGUGGACGAGGCCCGCACAGAGGUGGCGCAGAUCAAAGAUUCCAAAGACCAGCAGGCGACGAGCGCACCAGCAGUACGGCAGCUGCGAACCAUCCUCACCCGCGUGCGAGCCCGUUUAUAG